AUUGAGAUCUGCCGGAAGGAUUUGUUGGCUCGCAACCUCAACCGCAUGCUCAAACUCUUCCCCAAGGAAUACAAUAUUUUUCCCCGCACGUGGAGCCUGCCAGCUGACUAGGGCUUGGAUGGGAAUGGCCUCUGAGGUUUCCUGUGGAAUGACAUCCCCUACGAUGUUUACUGUGCUCAGUGGCCAAAGAGCUGAACCUCGGAAGAGGGACCCGCCCUGAAAGCCACAGGGCAGGAUGAGAAGCAUAACAUCUGUGUUUCUGGGGAACGUCCCUCUGCAGCUCACCGGGAACAGCAGAGGUAAAUGCAGAGCAGAGGAGGCUCUCUCCCCACGCAGGCUGGGUUCAGUGCCCACCGCUCACGCAAGAAGGGUCGGUAUGGCUCCUCAUUUCCCUUUAGGACAGAGACAGUGUUCCUCCAUCAACAGCAAAUAAUUAACUGGCAUGUGGGCUUGACUCUUGAAGGCAUCAUAUCCCAAUGGAGCUGCUUUUGCAGACCAAGCAGGUGAUGCGAUACGUGAGCGCAGCCUGUGAGCCCCUGCACCCUGCUCACAGCAUCCUGGCUGCAGCCUGCUGACCAUUUGCUGAUGAGCUGGAACAGAAGGGGAUGUAAGGGCUUGUGACCUCCUCCUCCUUUGCAGGCACUGUUUUAUUUUUCCCCGAUCCCUCUGCAGCAGCAGAGCCAAAAUCCUCACUGACUUCUGUACAAAUAGUGCUGAACGUUUCCCAUGAAACUCCUGGUAGAGGUAGAGAUGUGUGCAAGAAAAAGCUGGAACUGGAAGAGCUUUGUCAGGUUGCUCAAGGACUAAAUAAUGUAUUCCUGAUGUAAGCCAGCAAUUGCUGUACUAUUUCCCCGCUGCAGAACCUAGGUCUGUUGUUAGCACAGUAGUUUGAAUGUCUGAGUGUUACCAGAGAAGCGAGGGGCUGGUGUUCUGCAGCCUGUAACAGUCACCCCCUCUGCACAGCUACGGGGACUUCCAGGCCUACAGGCGCAGGAGGAAGAACAGAACGUUCAUCUGCAAGCCCGACAGCGGCUGCCAAGGCCGAGGCAUCUUCAUAACACGCGACCCAGGGGAGAUCAGGCACGGGGAGCACAUGAUCUGUCAGCAGUAUAUCUCUAAGCCUUUCCUUAUUGAUGGCUUUAAGUUUGACAUGCGUGUCUAUGUGCUGGUCACAUCUUGUGACCCACUGAGGAUUUUUGUCUACAAGGAGGGUCUGGCCCGGUUUGCCACCAUGAGGGGUCUGUGGUGUAUAACAUCCCUAAAGAACGUGGAGUCUGUUGGAUUGUGGCCCUCUCGUCAGUCUGAUGCGAGGUGCCCCUCUCCCAUAGCUGCACAAUUACCUGCCCUCUGUCACUCCAACACGUUUAUGUCUUGGAGAGGCCUUCUGCUUCACGGUGACAUCUGCAUGCAUUUGACCAAUUAUGCUAUCAACAAACGUAAUGCAAACUUUGUCCAGGAUGACACGAUGGGCAGUAAGAGGAAACUCUCCACCCUGAAUGCCUGGAUGAUGGAUAACAGCUACAACACAACAAAACUCUGGGAAGAUAUUGAAGAUAUAAUUAUAAAGACUCUUAUUUCAGCUCACCCUGUGGUGAAGCACAAUUACCAAAGCUGCUUUCCUAACCACACUACCAGCUGUGCCUGUUUUGAGAUACUGGGUUUUGAUAUUUUGCUAGACAGAAAUCUGAAACCUUGGCUACUAGAGGUGAACCACUCUCCCAGCUUCACCACAGACUCUCACCUGGACCGUGAGGUGAAGGAUGCUCUUCUCUUUGACACCAUCAACUUGAUAAACGUGCACGCCUGUAGCAAAAGGAAAGCGAUGGAGGAAGACAAACAGCAGGCAAAGGAACGACUCCUGCAGGCUCGUCGGUCUCCUCGUGUGUCCAGACAUGAGGAGGCAGAGGGCAGCCAGGCAGCCUGGCUCUCUGAGGCAGAGGACUAUGAGAACUCCCACCUGGGCAGCUACCGGCGCAUUUACCCAGCGUGUGGCACUGACAAGUAUGAGCCGUUUUUCAAGCAGAGCAGCUCCCUCUUCAAGGAGACUGCAUCGUCCAGAGCACGAGAGGAGUGUACCAGGCAACAACUGGAAGAAAUUCGCAUGAAGAAAGAAAAGUUAGAAGCUGUUAACAGCAAGAAGAAAAAAGAGAGGAAGGAAGGGCUGCAGGGAGAGUCGCCCGCAGACAAAUCCAUGAUCCACAACAAAGCCUCAGCUUCUGCAACCCACUUCACCUACAGAAGCACAAAGAUGUGGGAUAAAAAGACAGAACACGUGCAGUAUGACUCCAUGCAGCCUCAGGAUAUUCUGGAAAAUGAAGAGAAGAAAAGAGUGAAUGCUCUUGCAAGGCGUAAGAACCUCAUCCAAGGCCUGGGCAUCGUGGAUCAGCUCUCCCAGCUGCUUCCCACAACUGGGAGAUCAUCUGACAGCCACAGACCCUGCGCUGUUACCUCUGAGAUGCAGACGCAGUUUCUUUGGGACGCACCGCAGGCACAGCAGCCUGCCCCCUUGAUGACCAUCAUCCCCCUCUCGUUCCCAAGAGGCACCGUGUGGCCUUCAGGACGGCCGUGUGCUCGUAAGCACAGCACCAGGGCACAGCUGCUGGCUGGCCAGCACCCUGCCCCGGGCACGCUGUUGGUUCGAGGGCAGAGCAUCCCUUUCCGAGAGCAGCACACGGUGCAGUGCAGCGCCCAGCCCCAGGACAGGGGCAACUCGUGGAGCCGGGCUGCAGAGCCAGCAGCAGCUACCCAGCCCUGCACUAAAACCAGAAGGCCGAUGAGCGCCUGGCAGCUCUCUGCAGCCAGAAACGAGGCGGAAGGAUGUGACGUCGGGCGGCCGCUCUGCGCAGGCAGCGCUCACCGCGGUUCGCUGGGAUGCCCGGCCCGUGCAGGCAAGGCCACGGGUGAUGGCGGCUUCAGCGGUGCGGCAGCACGGCGGCUCCUCGUAGCCUCUGCCGCUCUCGUGCUGCACACGCGCUGCGCCAGCGCCAUGAAUUUCCGCGACGUGAGCAGCACAGGUAAGGGGCAGCGGCGGCUCCAGCCCCCCCCCGGGCGCCGCUCCCUGCACCGCGGCUGCCGGGGGUUCCAUCCGAGCGCCCUCGCUCUGGUCAUGGGGUCCUGCGGGACGUCGAGGCCCAGUUGUCCGUCAGGACUCCGAACUGCCGGCUAUCGGCGGCCCCGGAGCCCGCAGCCCCAAGUGCCGGGGAGCGGCACGCCGUGCCCAGACCCCGCCGUGCCUCCCGCGCUUCCCCCGCCCUCGGGCCGCCCCCGCCCCGCCCCCCCUCGGGUCAUGGCGGCGUUGGUGCGGCGCGGGCUGCGGGUCGGUGCGCUGCUGGCCGCAUCCCCGCGGCGGGCGGCAGCAACGUGGCACGGGGAGCCGGAGCCGCCGAACGCGGUGCUGGAUGAGGCCGAGAGAGCACGGAGGCGGCGGGCAGCGGCGCGGUUGCGGCGGGUGCUGGGCGCGGAGCGCGGCGCCCCCGAGCGGACGCUGACCUGGGAGGCGAUGGAGCAGAUGCGGUUCCUGCGGCAGGAACUGCCCGAAGAGUGGCCGCUGGAGCGCCUGGCCGAAGGCUUCGGCGUCAGCCCCGACGUGGUGCGCCGGGUGCUGCGGAGCCGGAGCCGCCUCCCGCCGCACCGCCGCCUGCGCCAGGACGCGCGAGCGCUGCGCGCCGCCCCGCAGCGUCCGGACCCGGGCCCAGCUCCACCCGCCGGCACGGAGGUGCGCGCCCCGGACGGCUCGCUGCUGUACCGCCUGCCGCGAGGGCUGGACGGGUCGCAAUAAACUGUUGAACUGG